AAAAAAUGGGUUAAUCCCACAAAGGUCUAUCAAUAUCAAUAGGUCUAAAGCACUGUACUGUGAAACAAAAACUACAAUGUCUUUUAAUAUCUAUUCGACGUCACAGGCAUCAGUACAAGUGUCAGAUGUUUAUCGUUUUAUAAUGCUGCAUUUUACCCAGCGACGGAUUGACAAUAUUUAUCAUUAUAUGCAAACACCAGCUACAAUCACGCGAGAUUCGGAUGACUUUGAGAAAGUAUGUACUGUAUGCCGACGCCCAGCGUUCACCAGAUAUUAUGGGGCAGUCUCCUGUGAAGCAUGUAAAAUGUUUUUUCGCCGGAUGAUUAUUGAAAAACUAUCAUACGAUUGCAAGAAAAUCAAUAAUUGCUAUGAAACUUCAAAGGGGACUCGAUUCAAGUGCAGGUCAUGCCGGUUCAAACGAUGCCUGCAAAUGGGGAUGAAGCUUCCCCCGUCGAACUACACAACGUUGGAGCUCAAAGAUAACAAAAUUGAUGAGCUAGCUAAUUUAUUGACUGAUUUGAAAUUACGAGACGAAAAACGUUGUGAUCGCUUUAUGACAUUUUACACUACGACGGAUCCAAGUCUUCACGAUAUUUUGAGCAAGAAUACAAUAGUUGUUCAUGAGCAGAACGAUCAUACAACUACAACCAUCGAGUGGUCGUUUCUUGCAGCUUAUAACAUAAUUGAAUAUUUUACAUCGUUUCAUUUUAUUGAUAAACUCAAUAAUGAUGAUAAGAUGAAACUAUUCCAAGCCAACUCAUUCAGAUCGAAUAUAUUUUGUGGCGGAAUGCGCGGAUAUAAAGAAAAACGAGACAAAAUGGUAACGCCAGGUGGUCAAGAAAUACUUCCCGAAAUUCUGGUCAAGUUAUUGAAUACAUCUCCACAGUUGCUGCGUAGAGUGUGUUGUCAAGUGAUUGCAAGGUUGAUUGAGCUAGAAAUCACGAAUGAGGAGUUUGUUCUGCUCAAUCUGAUAUUCUUUUUCAAUACUGUAGACAGCAUGUCUGACUCGGCAAAAAGUACACUUGGCUCCUGGCAAAAACUGUACACAAAUGCGCUAUUUCAAUAUUGCCAAUUGACUUACAAGCAUCGUGCUCCAUCUCGUCUGGUUGAUCUCUUAUCAUUAUAUCAAAUCGUUCAAAAAAAUACAUCAGAAAUUCAGUACAUUGGCAUCAUGACUCAAGCUCUCCUACCUGAUUUUCGGGUCAAGAAACUUGUCUCAGAUACUUAUAGGAUAUGAAUUUUUGUUUACUUUUUUGGAAUAAAUACAUCAAAUGUUAAA